CGCCGCCGGCCGGAAAGCGGUAGCAGCUGUGCAAGGCGGGGCCCGGUGGCCGCCCCGCCUCCCUCCUCGGGGAUGCCGGGAUGUUUACGGGCCCGGCAAGAGCAGCAGGGGGCGGGGAGAAGGACAUAAGGGGCGCUUUUACGUGACAGAAUGGAUGAACAGUCACAAGGCAUGCAAGGGCCAACUGCUCCACCAUUUCAGCCACAGAAAGCCUUGCGACCUGACAUGGGCUAUAAUACACUUGCUAACUUCCGAAUAGAGAAAAAGAUUGGCCGUGGGCAGUUCAGUGAAGUUUACAGAGCAACCUGCCUGUUGGAUGGGGUACCGGUGGCUCUAAAGAAGGUUCAGAUAUUUGAUUUAAUGGAUGCCAAAGCCCGUGCUGACUGCAUCAAAGAAAUAGAUCUUCUUAAGCAACUGAAUCAUCCAAAUGUAAUUAAGUAUUAUGCCUCAUUCAUUGAAGACAAUGAGCUGAACAUAGUGUUGGAAUUAGCAGAUGCUGGAGAUCUUUCUAGAAUGAUAAAGCAUUUUAAGAAACAGAAGAGGUUGAUUCCUGAAAGAACAGUUUGGAAGUACUUUGUUCAGCUUUGCAGUGCCUUGGAACAUAUGCAUUCUCGUCGUGUUAUGCAUAGAGAUAUAAAGCCAGCCAAUGUGUUCAUUACAGCUACAGGGGUGGUAAAGCUUGGAGACCUUGGACUUGGUCGAUUUUUCAGCUCCAAAACUACAGCUGCACAUUCUUUAGUUGGUACACCCUAUUAUAUGUCUCCAGAGAGAAUACAUGAAAAUGGUUACAACUUCAAAUCUGACAUCUGGUCUCUAGGCUGUCUGCUGUAUGAGAUGGCUGCACUGCAGAGUCCCUUUUAUGGUGAUAAAAUGAACUUGUACUCCUUGUGCAAGAAGAUAGAACAGUGUGACUACCCACCUCUCCCUUCAGAUCACUAUUCAGAGGAACUGCGACAAUUAGUUAAUAUGUGCAUCAACCCGGAUCCAGAGAAGCGACCAGACAUAACCUAUGUCUAUGAUGUAGCGAAACGUAUGCAUGCACACACUGCGAGCAGCUAAACAGACAUCAGAUCAUGAAGAAAACAGCAGAAAUAACCAAGUACUUUAAAUAAAUCAUCCCACCUCUUUGUGUUACACAAACGUAAUUAUUUGAGGCUUGCUGUUGUGCUUUGAAUUGUAAACCAGUUUAUAUACAAGCUUUGUUGUUUUC